AUGUCUACUCCCGACUCCGCUUACGCUACUUCGAAGCGAGGCUCGCCUGUUACCUCGAUGCCCGUCUUCGGAGAGGAGUACAUGAAGCAGUCGCCCGAGUCUGUCGGCAACGGUCAUUCGCUCGGCAACCUCAAGCCGGGUGUCUCGACCCUUGCUUCUUCCAAGCUGAUCAAUCAGAAUGCUUUGAAGAAGAAGACCAAUCAGGAGUCGACCACUAUUGCCGGCACGAACCCCAUGGAUAUGCUCCUUGCUAAGCUUUCGGAGCAGCAAGCCGCGCUCGACCAGCAGAAUGAGGCUCUGAAGAACACCGACGACACUUUGUACUCUCGUGUCGUGGACGACUCAAUUCCCUCGGCCAGCACUUCUGUCCCCAUUACCCCCGCUACCGAUACCUUUCCCAGUACUGCUCCCACAACUCGCCCCGCCAGCGCUACUCUUAAGGAGAACCGCGGCAACAUGGAGGAGCUCCUUCGUCUCAAGAUGGAGCUCGCUCGAGCCCAAACCAAGAUCACCCGCCUCGACAACGAGCUUGCCCAGACACGUUCCGUGAAGCAAGAUGACGAAAUCAUGCAGCCAACGCCGUCUGUUCGUUCUAGCAUGCUUGGCCCUGAGAACAGCUGGGGUCCGAAUGAUGACAGCAGCUCGGAUGCAGGUGCGCCCUCCGUUGGUGGCUACAGCCGUUCCCGUGGCAUCUGGGCCAACGUCAGACCUCCUUUCUCCAACAGCGGCGCAGCCAUGCCUCCUCCUGACUCCCAAUCGAUGGCAGGAGAAUGGUACGGAAGCGGCCGUGGCGGCUUCAACCAAGGCUUCAUGGACCCUGUCGGGCCUUUUUCCGCGGGAGACAGCUACCGCGGAGAUCGCAUGAACCAGGACACCGAGAUGUUCUCCCGCCCUCCCAGCAGUCGCCGCAACAAUCGCUACGAAAGCAGCCGCUGGCCUUCUCCUCAGCCGUAUGGUGGCUCCAACUUCCAACCUAGCUACGGAGGCUUCGCUCCCUCACCCUCCCCGUUCGACCCCAUGGCUGGCGGUAUGGGUGGUCCCGGAGGCAACAUGGGCUCCGGCAUGUAUCAGGGCUACAAUCCGCAGUCCAUCGGAAGUCAGCUUUCGCCCCACGCUACCGAAUUCACCGCCGCAUCUGGCUGGAAGAACGAGGCCAUUGCUUCCGAGGGUCAGACUUACCUUCCGACCACUGAGCCUCUCAAUUACCGUCGCUUGUUGGACCGCAAUGUCAACUGCAACUGGAAGUACAUCGUCGACAAGAUCGUCUGCAACAACGACCAGCAGGCCUCCAUCUUCCUGCAGCAGAAGCUCAAGGUCGGCACUCCGGAUCAGAAGUACGAGAUCGUGGAGGCUAUCGUUGCCCAGGCUUAUCCUCUCAUGGUCAACCGCUUCGGCAAUUUCCUGGUUCAGCGCUGCUUCGAGCACGGAACUCCCGAGCAAGUGGUGAAGAUUGCAGAGGCCAUUCGCGGCAACACCCUGAACCUUUCCAUGGACCCCUUCGGCUGCCACGUCGUUCAAAAGGCCUUCGACUCGGUUCCGGAGGACUACAAGGCUAUCAUGGUUCAUGAGCUGCUUCGCCGCAUUCCGGAGACGGUCAUUCAUCGCUACGCCUGCCACGUCUGGCAGAAGCUUUUCGAGCUCAGAUGGUCUGAGAGUCCGCCUCAGAUCAUGAAGUUUGUCAAUGAAGCUCUCCGCGGCAUGUGGCACGAGGUCGCCCUCGGCGAGACCGGCAGUCUCGUCGUUCAGAACAUCUUUGAGAAUUGUCUCGAGGAAGACAAGCGCCCCUGCAUUGAGGAGGUUCUCGCCAACAUUGACAUCGUGGCUCACGGCCAAUUCGGCAACUGGUGCAUCCAGCACAUUUGCGAGCAUGGUGCCCCAGCCGAUCGAUCUCGUGCUAUUGACCACGUCAUCCGCUACGCUGCUGAGUACAGUACCGAUCAGUAUGCCUCCAAAGUUGUUGAGAAGUGCCUCAAGAUUGGUGGUUGCGACUUUCUCGGCCGCUACCUCGACCGUGUGUGCGAGGGUCGAGUCGACCGCCCCCGUAUCCCCCUGGUUGACAUUGCUAGCGACCAGUACGGCAACUACUUGAUUCAAUACAUCCUCACCCACGCCGGCAUGCAGCAUCGCGAAGUCGUUGCCGCUCACAUCCGCAAGCACAUGGUUUCUCUUCGCGGAUCCAAGUUCGGCUCUCGCGUCGGCAUGCUUUGCACCAACCCUGCGGUCGCCACCCGCCCUGGCCCUGGAGUCGGUCCUGGAAUGGGCCGCAUGGGUGGUCCCCCUCGCUACGCUGGUAGCAACAGCUAUCGUUGA